CCGAGGCUGCGCUGUGGCUGCUGCUCGGGUCGCGACGGGCCGGCCACCCUCGGGGAAAACGAACCCCGAGCCGUAGCCGUCCCGGCGUGGGCGCCGUCCGCGGGCUCCUGUGCUUGGCGCGAAGCCCUGGCCCCGGCGGCCGGGGCAUGGGCCAGGGGCGCCGGGGACGGUUUCCUGCAGGGCCGUGACUGGCACCGGCUUCAGCAUGAAGACCCUCAUAGCUGCCUACUCGGGGGUCCUGCGAGGCACCGGCUCCAGCAUCCUCUCGGCGCUCCAGGAUCUCUUCUCCAUCACUUGGCUCAGUAGAUCCAAGGUGGAAAAACAGCUCCAGGUCAUCUCCGUGCUGCAAUGGGUCCUGUCCUUCCUGGUGCUGGGAGUGGCCUGCAGCGUCAUCCUCAUGUACACCUUCUGCACCGACUGCUGGCUCAUCGCUGUGCUCUACUUCACCUGGCUGGUGUUUGACUGGAACACACCCAAGAAAGGUGGUAGGAGGUCAGAGUGGGUCCGAAACUGGGCUGUGUGGCGCUACUUUCGAGACUACUUUCCCAUUCAGCUGGUGAAGACGCACAACCUGCUGACCACCCGGAACUACAUCUUCGGGUACCACCCCCAUGGCAUCAUGGGCCUGGGUGCUUUCUGCAACUUCAGCACAGAGGCCACCGAAGUGAGCAAGAAAUUCCCUGGCAUCCGACCCUACUUGGCCACACUGGCCGGUAACUUCCGGAUGCCAGUGCUGCGGGAGUAUCUGAUGUCUGGAGGCAUCUGCCCUGUGAACCGGGACACCAUAGACUACCUGCUUUCCAAGAAUGGCAGUGGCAAUGCCAUCAUCAUCGUGGUGGGGGGCGCCGCCGAGUCCCUGAGCUCCAUGCCUGGCAAGAACGCAGUCACCCUGCGCAAUCGCAAGGGCUUCGUGAAACUGGCGCUGCGCCACGGAGCCGACCUGGUUCCUAUCUACUCAUUCGGUGAGAAUGAGGUAUACAAGCAGGUGAUCUUUGAGGAAGGUUCCUGGGGCCGAUGGGUCCAAAAGAAGUUCCAGAAGUACAUCGGCUUUGCGCCAUGCAUCUUUCAUGGCAGAGGCUUCUUUUCCUCGGAUACCUGGGGCCUGGUGCCCUACUCCAAGCCCAUUACCACCGUUGUGGGUGAGCCCAUCACCAUCCCCAAGCUGGAGCACCCGAGCCAGCAGGACAUUGACCUAUACCACGCCAUGUAUGUGGAGGCCCUGGUGAAGCUCUUCGACAACCACAAGACCAAGUUUGGCCUACCAGAAACAGAGGUCCUGGAGGUGAACUGAGCCUUGCCUGGGGGCCAUCUGCAAAUUCUUUUCUACCAAGUUCUCCAGUGCUUUUUGUUCUGUAAAUUUGGAAGUGUCAUGGGUGUCUGUGGGUUAUUUAAAAGAAAUUAUAAUAAUUUUGUUAAACCACUACACUGUUAGGUCUUUUUUAAGAAGGAACAGGUGGAUGUUAGAGCUCUUUCACGUCUAGUUUGUCCUGCUCUAGGUGGUAGCUAAGACAUCUGGGCCUUUAUGGUUUCACAACCAACCUUUUUUGUCUCUUUUCAAAGUUACAGAGAAAGUUCAGUUCUGGUUAGUUGGGGAAGAAGGUCAUAUUGGAGAUUGGGGCCAGUGAGAUGAAUUGUUCUUCACUUGAGGGGGAGGCGUUGUGGGUGACAAGGGGGUGACAAGCCACCUCUGUGAUACCUCACUAGUUCCAAGGAUGCAACACCUGGUUGCUUAUUAAGGGGAGGCUGGGGGAACACAGCAGCUCACACUUUGAUGGGCACAGGAACAGUUGGGAUGCUCUAGAGCUUGAUUCUCCUCCCUCCACCCCACACACACCUUUAAGGCUUCACACUGAGCCUGGGGGAGGACAGGAUCAGUAACCCUUCAUUGGGGGCUAGGGACCAGGGUUGCUUCGGGUGCAUCAUCAUCCAGAUUGUCCUGCCACCCUGUUGUGGUUUGGAGCAACUCAUGGGCUGACUCCAUGGACCCAGCACCAACCUGGCCUGGGCCCCACUUGUACUUCUCAGUGGCCUUGCAUUGGCUUAAGUAUUCCUCAACUGUGGGUCUGAGGACAGGGUCCUGUUCCCAUUCACGGAGAGCUCUAGACUCUGGGUAGUAAAUUGGUUCUAGGAUGCAGGGCCCCUGAACCCAAGCCUCAUAUAUUGGUGCCUUUCUGAGGGCUGGGGGCCAAAGGGGAAACCUGGUCCCUCUGCUGUAUGUCAUUUUCUCUUGAGGAGAGCACUGUACUACAUCAGAUGUUUGUUUCUUCCUAAACCAAUAAAUGAGAACACAACUCCUCUAUGA